AUGCCACUGACAUACAUUGAGAUAUCUCAAUUUGUGUUCGAGCUGCCAAUCUCUGAUACCGUGUUUCAAGUGAGAGUGAAUUUCGAGAGGGAUGUGCAGAAGCGAGAAGCAUUGUGGGAAAGGCAGCACGAGCUCGCUGCUGACAAGGUUUACGCCAUGUGUGCCGACCUCGGUGGUUUCUUCCUCAAGAUCGCACAAAUUUUAGGGAAGCCUGACCUAGCCCCGGCUGCGUGGGUGAGAAGGCUUGUCACGCUGUGUGAUCAGGCUCCUGCGACCCCAUUUCAAACUGUAAAGUUGAUACUGGAGAAUGAGCUAGGACAGGGUAUUGACGAUGUGUUUGAUAGAUUUGAUAUGGAACCCCUUGGUUCUGCUUCGAUUGCUCAGGUUCAUAAAGCAAGACUGAGAGGGGAUAAAAGUGAUGUUGUUGUCAAGGUUCAACAUCCUGGCGUUCAGGAUCUGAUGAUGACAGAUCUCCGUAACUUGCAAGCUUUCGCUCUGUACAUGCAAAAGACAGAUAUCAAAUUUGAUCUAUAUUCGGUGACAAAGGAAAUGGAAAAACAGAUUGGCUAUGAAUUUGAUUUCAAGAGGGAAGCUGCUGCGAUGGAAUGUAUUAGAAAGUUCUUGUAUCAAAAUAACAGAAGGGCUCCUGUUUUGGUUCCACGGGUAAUACGAGAUAUGGUUACUAGGAGGGUACUGGUGAUGGAGUUUAUUGAUGGGAUUCCAAUAAUGAACCUUGGUGAUGAAAUAGCAAAGAGAGGCAUAAACCCUCGUGGUAGGGCAGCAGCAGCAGCAAAGCAGAAGAUUCUUCAAAGCUUGACUCUAGCUUAUGGUCAAAUGAUAUUGAAAAGUGGAUUCUUCCAUGCAGAUCCUCACCCAGGAAAUAUCCUGAUUUGUAAAGGAUCAGAGGUUGGCUUGCUGGACUAUGGGCAGGUGAAGGAUCUCCCAGAACCAUUGAGGCUUGGUUAUGCUAAUCUAGUUCUUGCAAUUGCUGAUGGUGACCAAUUGAGAGCUGCAAAAAGCUAUAGGGAGCUUGGUAUAGAAACCAUUAGCAAUUGUGAAAAUGAGCAACAAGAAUUGUUUAGACUAGCAACGACGAUGUUUGAUACAAAAUUGCCUCCUGGGGUCACAAUGCUGCAACCUUUCUCAGAGGAGUCUUCAAUAAAGAAAAUCGGGGUUCAAUCUUUCCCAGAAGAACUGUUUUCGGUACUUCGGACAGUGCAUCUAUUGAGGGGACUUAGUGUUGGACUGGGAAUCAAUUAUUCUUGUGCAGAACAGUGGCGACCCAUUGCAGAAGAAGCUUUAUUUCAGGCGGGAAGACUUCAAGGCAAGGAUGUUAAGCCCAGGCCUAAACAACGCCGUUCGUGGAGAAGAUUAUUUUCGAGAGGCUAAAUAGUUGACAUUGAUGGUUACCGAUGAUCCGUAUUUUAUCACUAGGAUUUUGGGUGGCGGUACCUUGCAGGUUCUUUUAGAAUUUUUUUUUUUAAUUUUUGGAUUGUGCCGUUUUCUUCUAUUUCUUUAUUAUUAUUAUUAUUUUUUUUACAAGAUUAACUCCAUCACGAUUUAUUUUUAGUCUGCUCUCUCUGUCUCAAAAUAAUCAAUGUAUUUGAUUACAAUUUAUCAUAAUAAGAUUUUGUGGUGCCUUGGAGGGUAU